UAGAAACAGAUGUAUCCGCUGACUGCUUCUUACUACGAUGCUAAGCAAAAAGUGUGGUCUGGGCCUCAAUGCAAGGAUUUAUACAGUCCGAACAUAACUUUAGGGGAAGUUAUCUGUGAUGCAUUGGCUAAAAAUCCCCAGAAAAUCAUACAGAUUGACGAUGCUACUGGGGAGAAGCUAAGAUGCAAUCAACUUUUGCAUUAUGCUAAGGCAUUGGCGAGAAAUCUUUUAAAUCUAGGUCUUAAACCGAAUGACGUUAUUAGCUUAUAUGCCAAUAAUUGGACACAUGUUGCGACACUUAUGUUGGCCUGCUUGCUAUGCGGUACCCCAGUGAAUUCGCUUUUUCCAGGAUUUGACAGAGAUACUCUGGCCUUGAUUUAUAAUCUCACAAAGCCCAAAAUUAUAUUUUGUGAGCUGGAAAAUUGCAAAAUCGCUCAAGAGGUCAAUUCCCAAUUAAAUUUAAAUGCUCAGAUUUUUGUUCUCAAUGGCAAUGGAGUUGUUCCUGAUGGUGUAUCCCAUAUAAGGGAUUUGUUAGAGUUUGAGAAUGUAGACAAAGGCGAUUGUUAUAGAUUUCCAUGCCAUGAGCUACAUGGUGAUGACACAGCCCUGAUCUUGUGCUCUUCUGGAACUACAGGAACUCCCAAGGGAGUUUUAUGUUCACAUCGAGCUUUACUCAAUGAACAUGUUCUACUCACCCUGAAGGCUGACUCCGUGAUUUUCGGCUUCAGCACCCUGUAUUGGGCAUCUGGUGUCUUUGGCUUAAUGGCUUGUCUAAUAAAUGCCUGCCUGCGAAUUAUAACAAGUCAGCCGUUCACAUGCGAUUAUUUUUUAGAUCUAGCCCAGCGCUAUAGAAUUACACAUUUCCUUGUUGGAACCAAUCAAAUGGCCCAAUUAUCCAUGUACGAGGAUGUGGCCAAAAUGCAGAAAUGUUUUGAAUCAGUAGAUACAAUGCUGGUGGGUGGUUCAAAAAUACCUUUGGCCGUCCAGGAAAAAACCCGAAGUAUUCUCUCUUGUAAUGCCCAACGUCCUGGCUUUGCAAUAGCUUAUGGCAUGUCCGAGAUAGUUGAUCUAGUCAGCUGCAACAUAGGAUAUGUGUCUGAAUAUCGACAGGGUUCUGAAGGUAAAUUAGUUGGCAAUAAGAAGGUGCGCAUCAUCAAUAAGGAGAGCCAACCGGUGGGACCUUUAGAACAUGGAGAGAUUUGUGUAUUGAAUCCCUAUCCUUGGCGCGGCUAUCUUAACAAUGAGAAAGCCACCAGCAAAGCAUUGGUUGACAAUUGGCUACAUACUGGCGAUGUAGGGUUCUUUGAUGCUGAUGGCUUUCUGCACAUAUGUUCACGCAACAUAGAAGUUUUUAAAUCAAACAAUUUUCAAAUUUAUCCCUCUCUAAUUGAGGAUGUCAUCUACAGGAUACCAGGUAUUGCAGAAGUGUGCGUUUUUGGGAUUCCCGAUAUUGUGGCUUCUAAUUUAACUGCUUGUGCGGUAGUUCGCCUAGCCAAUGGCGUAGGUUCAACACUAACAGCCGAGCACAUUGACCACCAUGUCCAGAACUGCAUGAGCAGUGUAUACCAUUUAAAUGGUGGUGUCUACUUUGUGGAUAAGAUUCCGAAGACGGGUUCUGGCAAAAUGCAGAGAAGCAAAGUACUGGAGAUAGUAAUGCAAAUGAAGGAGCGAAAAUGAGAUUUAAUUGAAUAAAAAUAUUAAAAAGUUAAAUUGUUCAUCAAAUGUAGGAGGGAAAAUAGUGAUUAAUUAAAAACAAAUAAAAGCGUGCUAAGUUCAGCCGGGCCGAAUCUCGGCAACCCACCACCA